CAUCUGAUCAUCAAAAUGAGCGGACGAGGCAAGACCGGUGGUAAGACUAGAGCUAAGGCCAAGACUCGCUCAUCUCGUGCCGGCCUUCAGUUCCCCGUGGGCCGUGUUCACAGACUGCUACGUAAGGGUAAUUACGCCGAGCGUGUGGGAGCUGGUGCUCCUGUCUACUUGGCUGCCGUGUUGGAGUAUCUGACCGCUGAGAUCCUCGAGUUGGCUGGUAACGCCGCCAGAGAUAACAAGAAGUCUCGUAUCAUCCCUCGUCAUCUGCAGUUGGCCGUGCGUAACGACGAGGAGCUGAACAGACUGCUUGGAGGUGUAACCAUCGCUCAGGGCGGUGUGCUGCCUAACAUCCAGGCUGUUCUGUUACCCAAGAAGACCGAGAAAGCAGCCAAGUCCAAAUUUGUUCGACGAACGCAUUUGAUCAUCAAAAUGAGUGGACGAGGGAAGACCGGUGGUAAGACUAGAGCUAAGGCCAAGACUCGUUCAUCCCGUGCCGGCCUUCAGUUCCCUGUGGGCCGUGUUCACAGACUGCUACGUAAGGGUAACUACGCCCACCGUGUGGGAGCUGGUGCUCCUGUCUACUUGGCUGCCGUGCUGGAGUAUCUGACCGCUGAGAUCCUCGAGUUGGCUGGUAACGCCGCCAGAGAUAACAAGAAGUCUCGUAUCAUUCCUCGUCAUCUGCAGUUGGCCGUGCGUAACGACGAGGAGUUGAACAGACUGCUUGGAGGUGUAACCAUCGCUCAGGGCGGUGUGCUGCCUAACAUCCAGGCUGUUCUGUUGCCCAAGAAGACCGAGAAAGGAGCCAAGCAGACCGCUCGUAAGUCCACCGGUGGUAAGGCGCCGAGGAAGCAGCUCGCCACUAAGGCUGCCCGCAAGAGCGCCCCGGCUACUGGCGGUGUGAAGAAACCUCACCGUUACAGGCCAGGUACCGUGGCUCUGCGUGAAAUCCGCCGUUAUCAGAAGUCCACUGAGCUGCUCAUCCGCAAGCUGCCCUUCCAGCGCCUGGUUAGAGAGAUCGCUCAGGACUUUAAGACCGAUCUGCGCUUCCAGAGUUCUGCCGUCAUGGCUCUGCAGGAGGCCAGUGAGGCUUACCUGGUCGGUCUGUUCGAGGACACCAACCUGUGCGCCAUCCAUGCCAAGAGGGUGACCAUCAUGCCUAAGGACAUCCAGCUGGCCCGCCGUAUUCGCGGAGAGCGAGCUUAAA